AUGCUUAUUUACGUCGGCAAACUCAACUACUCCCCAUACGCCAGCGAUGAGCUGUUCACCGUUGUCUUCCGAGACAAUCUCCAAAUUGGAGACAGGGUCUCUGUCAUUCUGCAAUGGACCAAAGACGCGAGCGGAAAAACGAAAGUGAACUCUACUGCCCAUGGUACUGUCAACAAGGUGUCUAUCAAUGGGUCUGGAGAGAAAGAGAUUGAGCUAUUCUUCGAUCAGAAGGACACUACCUAUUAUUGGUAA